AUGGAGUUCAAUGCUGUAACUGCCGGAGUUUGGGGGAAGACUCUUAGAAAAGUCAUCCCCGCCGUGGUAGUCCUUCAAGUAAGUGCUUGUGCUUUCGAUACCUAUUCCGCUUCCGUUGGCUCCGCUACGGGCUUUGUCGUCGACAAACGCCGUGGUUUUAUUCUCACAAAUCGCCAUGUCGUCCGUCCUGGACCUGUUGUUGCUCACGCCAUAUUUUCGAACGGGGAAGAGGUUCCUGUUCAUCCAAUUUACAGAGAUCCAUUUUGCUCGAUCGUGGAAGUACAUGAUUUUGGGUUUUUUAAGUAUGAUCCCAGUGCUAUAAAAUUUCUAAACUAUGAAGAGAUAGCUCUUGCUCCCGAAGCUGCUUGUGUUGGAUUAGAAAUCAGAGUUGUUGGUAAUGAGAAGGUUUCCAUAUCGCCCGGUAUUAUUACUUGUUUGGAUAGGAGUGCUCCUCACUAUAACAAGGAUGGGUAUAAUGACUUUAACUCAUUCUAUAUUCAAGCAGUAUCUGGGACCAAAGCUGGAUCAAGUGGUUCCCCAGUUAUAGAUUGGCAAGGUAGGGCAGUGGCCCUGAAUGCAGGGGGCAAUACAUCACGUAAAUCGGCAUACUUUUUACCUCUAGAACGAGUUGUGAGGGCAUUAAGAUUUCUUCAAAAGGGGAGUGAAACUUAUGUUGAUAUAUGGAUGCCAGUUUCUAUACCCCGUGGUACACUUCAGGUGACUUUUCUCCAUAAAGUGUUUGAUGAGACACGUAGGCUUGGCCUCAGAAGUGAGACAGAGCAGACAGUACGACAUGCUUCUCCUACCAGCGAAACUGGAAUGCUUGUUGUGGAAUCUGUGGUUCCAGGUGGUCCUGCCGAUAAACAUUUGGAACCAGGUGAUGUACUUGUUCGUGUCAAUGGUCAGGUCACUACCCAAUUUUUGAGACUGGAGACUAUACUUGAUGCCAAUGUAAACUCAAAUAUUGAAUUACAAAUUGAAAGAGGUGGCUCAUCAAAGUGUUUAACUAUAUUGGUACAAGAUUUGCACUCAAUAACUCCCGAUUAUUUCCUGGAGAUCGGUGGAGCAGUAAUCCAUCCUCUUUCAUAUCAGCAGGCUAGAAACUUCCGAUUCCAUUGUGGUCUUGUUUAUGUGGCCGAACCAGGAGAUAAGUUUCUUGAAGCAAGAGUUCCUCGGCAUGCAAUAAUUAAGAAAUUUGCUUGGGAAGAAAUAUCUUGCCUUGAGAAACUGAUAUCAGUUCUUUCUAAGCUAUCAUGGGGUGUUCAAGUACCAUUAGAGUAUAUAAGCCAUGUGGAUCGUCAUCAAAGGAAGUUGGUGAUGGUGACGGUUGAUUGCCAUGAAUGGCAUGCACCUCCCCAGAUAUACACUCGAGACGACAGUACCGGCCUCUGGAUUGCUAAGCCUGCUUUUCAGCCUGAUUCCCCUUCCGAGUCUAUGGAUUGGUUCUCAUGGCUUUCAAAAACCAACCUUGAGCCAUCACUAGUAUAUGAGUAUGGUCUCAUCUUUGCACAAAAUGAGCGCUUGAAGAAGAAGACAUGAAUUACUUCGACCAUGAGUUUCUGCAAAGCAUGGGAAUCUCCAUAGCUAAACACAGAUUAGAAAUUCUCAAGCUUGCUAAAAGAGACAAGAGAAAGAGUCUCCAUAGCAUAACAUCGGAAGCAAAUACAAUUUGGAAGCA